GCAUCAUAACCUCCACAACCGUUCCAAAGUAACCACCCGAAACAACCGCUCCCAUACCAAAACCACCAAAAUGAAGUGCAUGGUAGCUGCAGUCAUCUUGGCCCUGGCCGUCGUUUCGGAAGCUGGACUCCUGCCGUACGGUGGCUGGCCUUACGGUCAUCUGGCCGCCCCGACCGUCAUCCAGUCGAAUGUGCUGGCCCACCCGUACGGUGCGAUCUCGCACGCCGCCAUCCACGCUGCUUACGCUCCGCAUGCUGCCAUCCUGGCCGCGCCGCACGCUGCCAUCCUGGCCGCUCCCCAUGCUGCCAUCUUGGCCGCUCCGCAUGCCCCAGCUGCGUCGGUCGCUCACCAUGCUGGAGUCGUCCCUGGAGCCACCUCCGUCACUGCUACCCGAGGUGCUGUGCAUGUCGCGCCCCUGCCUGGACAUGCCGUCUCCCAGCAGCAGCUGAACCUGGCCCCGGCCCCUGGCACGCUCUAAGCCAUCCCACCUAGUCAGUGUGCCCCCGGUUCGGGUGCUCUGGAACAUUCUAUCUCUUACCAUCUGUCGUCUAUCGCUAUAUUGUUCUAAAGUUACGCUAUCCCGAUUUGAAUGGUAGAGUUACAUCGUUCGACCCCCCACUUCAUUCGGACCUGGAACGCGCGUGUGUGUGUGUUUGAAUAAAACGAACAAACCAAAAUUGGUUUCAUUUUUC